UGCACUGGGACCUGUGUGUACUGGGAUCUGUGUGCACUGGGACCUGUGUGUACUGGGACCUGUGUGUGUACUGGGACCUGUGUGUGUACUGGGACCUGUGUGUGUACUGGGACCUGUGUGCACUGGGACCUGUGUGCACUGGGAUCUGUGUGCACUGGGACCUGUGUGUACUGGGAUCUGUUUACUGGAGCCGCACUGGGGAAUGGUGUGAACACUGCUGGAGAGGAGACCAGAUCGGAGCUGCGCUGUGCACUAUGCUGGAUGGAUAACUGGAUCCCAUCAUAGACCACAGGACUGAAGAAUGAUGGCUGCUGGGAAAUUUGCCAAUUACCCUAGAAAUGGGCAGACGAACCAUCCGUUCCCACUGGCGGCCUCAAUGGAUCUUCUCAGCAGCAAAUCCCCCCUGACCGCGCGGCGGGCCGAUCCGUUUCAGGAUGUGUGUAUCCAUGGCACGUUACCACGGAAAAAGGACAGGACCCCCAUUAGAUCCAGUGACAUGGUCAGCCACAUGGGAACCCUGCCACACUUCAAGUCACAGCGGCUGCCAUCCCAUAAAAUGCAGGAUAUCAUGGAGGAAUAUCCAUUUCAGGACAGGAGGGCGAAGUGUCCCACAAGAGACCAUAAGACACCGGAUUCUGCAAUGGAAUACGUCAAGUUCUCUAGGGAUCGAUACAUCAUGGACGGGGGGACGCCGGAGAGACUGAAGAAGGAGCUGGAGGAGGAGCUGAAGCUGAGCAGCGAAGAUUUGCGCAGUCACGCCUGGUACCACGGGAGGAUUCCACGCCAGGUUUCGGAGAGUCUGGUCAGGAGGGACGGAGAUUUCCUCAUCAGGGAUUCUCUCUCCAGUCCUGGAAACUUCGUGCUCACCUGUCAGUGGAAAAACCUCUCGCAGCAUUUCAAGAUAAAUAAAGUGGUCAUCCGACUCAACGAGGCGUACAGCCGCAUCCAGUACCAAUUCGAGCACGAAAGCUUCGACAACGUCCCGGCGCUGGUCAGGUACUACGUGGGGAAUCGCAAGCCGGUGUCCCUGCAGAGCGGAGCCAUCGUGUUCCAGCCCAUAAACAGGACGGUGCCGCUCCGGUGCAUCCAGGAGAAGUACGGGGUCUCCCCGGUGAGGCGGCUGGAAAUGGGGACCCCGGAGGAGAAAAACGAGACCCCUAAAAGACUAAGUCUGAACAUAGGCCACGGGCACGGACUGACACCGGAGCAAAGCCUGAUCCGGGGAAACCUGCUCAGAAAUAAAGAGAAAAGCGGCAGCCAUCCGUCUUGUCUAGAUAACAUGCGAGAAAAGAGGCGGCCGCUCAACUCGCACCAAUCGGAAAGCUACCUGCCCAUAGGCAGCCGGCAGCCAUACUUGUCCCCAGGAAUGGACGGGAGGUCGACGCCAAGACCGCACGUCUUCAGGACCGGGAGCGAACCGACAUUAAGUCCGACAGAAAUCCGGAGGUUCAGCUCUGAGGCUCAUUCUGCGGAGGCCCUGAGAGGAUCGGACAGUCAGCUCUGCCCCAGACCCCCUCCUAAGCCAAGCAAGUCCCUGUACGCAAAGCAGCCGCAGUCUCCUACAAUAUGGCAGAACUCCGAAGCCAACUAUUGUGAACUGCACCCCACACCCCUGGAGGAGCUCCGCUGGACGCCGACGCAUUCCCCGCACAGCAGCUUCGUGGAGAGUCAGAGAGCGGACGAAGAGGAGACGUUCUCCCUCAGUAACUCGGAGCUGAGCUUCCCCAUAAUGGAGGACAACGUAUCGCAGAGCUCGCAGACAGAACCCGCCAAGGAGGCCGAAGACGGGGAAGAGUUUGUCCGGCCGGUGUACGAGGAGGUGUCCUCCUUUAAUCCCAUUGACUUUAAAUCCAUUUUACUCCCCUCUGAAAACAAACCUUUGGAGACGGCUCUGCUGAAGAGGGCCAAGGAGCUGUUCACCAACAACGACCCGCGGACCAUCGCCCAGCACAUCCUCCGAAUGGACUGUAAGGUGGCCCGGAUAUUUGACGUCUCGUCAGAGAUGGAGAAGAUGAUGGGCGUGCGCUGCGGACUGGAAGUGAUCACUCUGCCGCACGGGCACCAACUGCGUCUGGACCUGAUGGAAAGGCACACAACUAUGGCCAUAGGGAUUGCUGUAGACAUUUUGGGAUGUACGGGUAAUCUGGAAGAAAGAGUCGCAACACUGAACAAAAUCAUCCAGCUCGCUGUGGAACUGAAGGAUUUAGGAGACUUCUUCGCAUUCACUUCCAUCAUGAAAGCCCUGGAGAUGCCUCAGAUUACGAGGCUGGAAAAUACGUGGACAGUUCUGAGGCAUCAGUACACGCAGACGGCCAUCACCUACGAGAAACAGCUGAAGCCGUUCAGCAAAGCUUUAUAUGAAGGUACAAUACUCGGUGGUGUCCAGGAGAAUGCGACAUUCCCACUGGUGGUGCCUAUACUCCUGCUGCUGGAGCGUCAGUCCGCCAUGUUUGACGGGAUGGAAUGGUGGGAAAACCACGACCGAGGAUGUGAGAUAAUGUUCAGUCACCUGGAAUCGGCACGAUAUAUUGCCCAGAACGCAGCUUUGUAUCAAAGCAACGCAGAGCGGCUCUUGGAUGGAUUUAAGCCGGAUGAAGAGAUGAGCGAAAUAUUUAAGACAGAAUUCCAAAUGAGACUUCUCUGGGGAAGCAAAGGAGCCCAAGUCAACCAGGCUGAACGAUACCAAAAAUUCAGGCAGAUCCUGACAGCCUUGUCCCGAAAACUGGAACCUCCUCUCUCUUCCUGAAGCAAAUCCUCCUCCCGCCCCCUGUAAUAUAGAGACUGACUCCGGGUUUGAGCGUUUGCUGUAUAUGUACAUUGUAUAUUUCGCCUUUUUUUGUUUUUAAAGAAAAACCUAUAACAGCAAAUUAUUUAUUUAAUAUGACGACCGAUCUGAUCUCCGCUACUAAUUCUCUAGUAGCACCAUUGACGGCUGCAGUAGUGUAACGCACGACAACAAUAAAAAAAACGUUCUACCAAAAAAAAGUGUCAUUGUCCAU